AUUUAAAAUUGAAUUUGAAUUUGUAAAGGAAAGAAAGACCAACCAGCACCCAACUUCCUCUUCUUCUCCUUUUCUUACCAAUCUUUUUUUUUUCUUGUCUUCAUAUAUUCCCAUCUCUUUACCCACCCAACUAUAUACUUACACUUCUUUAUAUAUCUAUCUAUCUAUUUAUCUAUACAUAUUUCUUGCUAUAAAUAAGCACAUAUAUAUAUAUACAUAUAUUUUAUCACUCUCAACUUCACUCUCAAACUCACUAUGGAUAAUAAUAAUAAAACUAUGGUUCAAACCUUUUCCUCCUCUCAAGAGGAUAGAAGUAAUGGAUGUGAGUUGACAAGCAUGAGUGAGCAAGAACAAGAUAUCAUCUUUCGAAUGCACAAGCUCGUUGGAGACAAGUGGGAAUUGAUAGCAGGAAGAAUUCCAGGGAGGACUGCACAAGAGAUUGAAAGAUUUUGGAUAAAUUGUGACACUUUUAAAGUCAACAGGGUGCCACAAACAACUAGGAAAAAAUAAUUAUCGUUGACUUUAUUUUUGGUUUAAUAAAUAAAAUUUAAACCCUAAUUAUGUGUAAUAACUCUAAAUUUAUUAGUCUAUUAUAUAUAUCUAGUUUAUGUUUAGUAGGUAAGUAUUGUACCCAAAGAUUGGAUUAUGCAAUAAUCCUAUUAUAAUCCAGUUGUAUUAUUGGGUUAAUUAGUGAGAUUCUAAUGCACAAUUUAUCAACAAUUUUAUGCAAA